AUGGAGAAAUCUCAAUUUAAAAAGAUACUCUCAGGCAAUUGUGAUGAAAGUUCCUUAUCUUUACUGAUUGGCUUACUCUACAGACACUUUAAUUCUAAGGUUGUUUUAUUGAUCGAUGAAUAUGAAACUCCAGUCCUGGCACAUAUUAAUUCAACAUUUUCAAAAGAGGUUCUAGAUUUAUUCUUUGGCAUGUUCAUAUUCUUGAAAAAUGAUGAGUUCAUUUUGGAAAAGAUACAAACAGUACUUUUUAGUGGGGUGAUUUUAUUGAAAGAUAAAGGAUACCUGUCUGGAAUGAAUAAUUUAGUUGCUUACUCUCUGGAUAAAGACAAUUACUUUAGUGAAGAUUUUGGAGUUACUGAAAAUGAGCUAUGCCAAUUUCUUACUACUUUAAGACAUGGAGAAGAUGUUAGUCUUGAGCUUACCAAAUUGAAAUCAUGGUACAAUGGCUAUGAUGUUAACAAUACUCCCAAAUUUCUGUUCAAUGUUUGGUCGCUGAGUUGUUAUUUCUCGUUUGGUAGAACUGAUUAUUAUUGGAUUAAAACAGGAUCGAUUGAUGAACUUGCAAUGUUAAUCAACUCAUCUUGUGUCGAUGUUAUUGGUGAUCUUGAAUUGUUAAUCAAUGGAAAGGAGAUAAGGAAAAAAUUCUCUUCAAGUGUUGACUAUAAGGCCCUUUCUUUAGAAUGCUCAAGAGAAAAAACCUCACUCUUUUGGCAGAUGAUGUAUUAUGCUGGAUAUUUAACAGGAUCUAAUUCAAAGACCAAACUAUUUCAUCUUGAGCAACCCAAUGAGAAUGACGACGAUGUGAUACGUUUGAGGAUUCCAAACUUUGAGGUAAAAUCAGCUGUUUGCGAACUAAUGGAACGCCUUCAAAGACACCCAAAUCUAAUUCUAAACGAAACUGUUUUUAUUGUGCUAACCUUUAAAGGUGCUACACAUGCCAUCUAUCAAACAAUUGAACUUACCAACUAUUACAAAUGGAUCAAUUGUUUCGAAGAGGAACUAGAAUGCAAAGGCGUUGAUGAAAAGUAUUCUAUCAAGUACUAUUUCCCGAAAUUAGAACAGUACUGUUCAUUCACAAAAUCUGCAUGUAAAACAGUAUUUCCUACUUUUACAAAUAAAGAAUUUAAAUUUGUUAUUGAAAAUAAGAUGGAAACUGAUAAAUGA